UAAAAACAAACCCAUAUUUUCUGACAGCAGAGCUCAAUUUUGUGAUUGAAAUGUCAACUAAAAAGACAUUCGUGGAAUAUGACAUAGUGUAUUAGCUAGUCUCACAAAAACAACAAUGAUUUUCCAUCAAAACACGCCAAACAAUGGAAACAUUUGUUUUUCGCAAUCGAGCUAAAAACAGGGACUUUUGAGCAGCGUUGAUUAUUGAUUUUGGCUAUUCUCGAGAGAAAAACAGUGUUCAGUGUUCGCGUAGCGAGACCCAAAUCUAAAUAGCAUCGCCGGCCAUACAUGCACGUAGUAGAUAUGUCCAGGACACCGGAUAGUAAAAGUAUGUGUCCAUGUAGAUUUAAACGGCAUAUGCUGUGUCUGUAGGUUCCUGGUACUGACACUGUGUUUCAAUGGGUUGUGGUGGAAGCUCCAGGAGGAAUUCCAAGAAGUCUGGAAAUGAUGCAGCCCAAAGAAAAAAGAAAAUCAGCGUCCGAAUCGGCAUCAAUGUCAAAAUUUUGGAUACAAGCCCUGUUGUUAUAUUUGUGUUUGGUGGACCAGGCUCAAAGAAGGGUAAACUGAUGAGUGAUUUAACUGAGGCGUUUGGAUUCAAGCUUAUUAACAUUGACCGGACAAUGCUGGGGGUGCUAGCCAAGAAAAUGGAAAUCUCUGGUUCACUGGACUCCGUUACGAAGAUAGCCGACCACAUCAAAGUGCAUGGCAUGUUCCCAGCUGAUCCUUUGGAUCCAACAAUACUUGAUUUGCAUGUAAUUCCUGAUUUGAGGGAUGAAAGUCUGAAGGCUGCAAAAAUUAUGGCUGAUAUGGGCCAGUUGGAAGAGUUCUCAUUUGCUUGA